AUGAAUGAAAAUACUCCUUUGCUCGCGUCAGGGUCGAAUUCUUUUGGGCCAAACGAUGAUGUAUAUCCUGAUAGACAGCAAAGAAGAAUUUUUAAGAAACCGAAAACUUAUUCAUUUGUUCAGAAUUUAUCUAAAAGGAAAAAUAAUAGAAAAAUAAAUAGACAACAAAGCUUCGUUGUACCAAUUAAUUAUUCGGCGGCUUCCGAACAAAACGAAGUAUGGUUAAAAAAUCAGAAAGAAUUCAUUGAACGUGCAGUAUUAAAACCAAGCAUUAAACAACGUAUCGCGUUCAAAUGCGAUACAGGGAAAAGAGGAAGAAUUUGGGAAUUAUUUGAUGCCAUAUUGUCUGUUACGUUUUUUAUGCUUUAUAUUUGGAACACAGGAUAUGUACUUCCGGACUAUAGUCCACAACCUUUCCCACAUUCUCUUCAAACGGCAGAUUUUGUAUUGGCAUGUCUAAUUCUUAUUCAAUUCUUACCUCGUGUAUGGCUAGCAAAAGUCCCAUAUCGUUAUGCUGGAAAUUACUUUUCAAUUUUAACAUGGAUCUCAGUCUUUCCUGUAAUUUGUGCAUACAUUCAAACAAUAUAUGACGAGAGAAUGGAUAACACUUAUAUGGGCGUCAAUAAUUAUGUUUUCAUUUAUCCAAUCCGUUUUGUUAGAGCUCACGUCGCUGUACAAGUAUUGUUUAUACCCGUAAAAAGUUCAUUGUUUAAUUUUUCAGCGAUCAUGAGAAAAGGUCUCAAAAUAGGCACCACCAUAUUAUUUACUUUCCUUACUGUCGCUGCCUGGAUUCACAUUAUCUCCUAUAAACAAUUAAAUAUUGAUGGGAAUUUUAAAUAUAAUGAAUAUAAUGAUAAGGAAGAAAUUAAUUUAACUUUAAGCUUUUAUGAUGCAUUUUUUUACACAGUAGGGGCCAUCUUCCUUCCUACCCAUUUGUCCGAAUUGCUUGAUCUAAUUCAACAAAGGUCAAAAUACGAACAUUCAUAUAAACCAGAAAAGAAUCGUGAACAUAUUAUAGUUACAGGAAAUUUUGAUGCCUCAAGUUUAUUUGAAUUUUUACGUGAAUUCUUUUGCCAAGAUCACGGAAUGGUGACAAUGAAUACUCAUGUAGUGAUUUUGAAUUCAGAUGAGCCUGAUGAUGAAAUAUCAUCAUUUCUUGAAGAUCCUGCUUUUGUAAAUCGAGUUCAAUAUGUUAAAGGUUCACCCACUUUUCGUCGAAGUUUACAAAAAGUUAAAGCUGAUACCGCAAGUGCAGCAUUUUUAUUAUCUUCCAAAUUCUCAAAGAAUAAUGAUGAUGAAGAUGCAGCACAAAUUAUGAGAGCUCUGGCGUUGAAAAAAUUCAAUAAAAAAUUAUCGUUAUAUGUUCAAAUUCAUUUACCUGAAAAUGUGCCGCAUUUUGAUUUCCUAGCUAAAGAUGUGUUAUGCCUCGACGAAAUCACCAUGGGUCUUAUGGCUCAAAGUUUAGUUAAUCCCGGGUUCGCAUCUCUUAUUGUAUUACUUACCACCACUAUAACUGAAAAAAUUGCAAAAAGAUUGAUUCACUCAGUAAAGAGUAAUCGAGGGAUGAAUUGGGCAAUUGAUUAUAUUCAUGGUGCACAGCACGAAAUAUAUGCAGUUACCUUUUCGGAGGCAUUUAUUGGAAAAUCAUUUUUAGAAUGUUCAAAUAUCAUUUAUUCACAUUUAGAAGCCGUUCUUUUCUCAAUUGGAAUAUAUGAUGAAAAAAUGGCACACUAUUCACAAUCUCAAUUUCAAACCUUUUUAAAUCCCCAAGAUUAUAUUAUUAAGGGAGAUGAGAUUGGAUACGUGAUUUGUGAUAACUCCGAAAUAAUUACUAAGAUGGCGAAUUUUAAUUCUACAACAAAGAAGUGGUUCGAUUCAUCGAAUUUCAUCAAAAAAUCAAAAUCAGUAGCCAAUUUACUCUUAACAGUUAAUAAAGAAGAUGAAGAGUCACCUCGUACAUCAAGUGAAUCGAACAGAGGAGACGAGAUUAAUAGAACAGAGAUUUUAAACCGAAAUAUCAAGAAAGCGGAGGCUAAUUGUGAAAUGCCAAUCGAUUCCAAUUUACAAGAUAUUAAAAAUCAUAUUUUAAUAUGUGAUCACUCUGAAGUAUUUCCAGAGAAUUUGGAUAUUUUUCUAAUGGUACUUCGAGAACAACAUUCAAGUUGUCAUGAUUUACCGGUGGUUAUUUUGUCAGAUUCGGAGCCAUCAGAUGGUCGGAAACGUUUAUUGGAAAAAUUUGGUGCAGUCUUCUUUGUCAAGGGAUCACCAUUACGUCGUAAAGAUCUUUAUCGCGCUAAAGUUCAUCUCGCUAAGAAAUGCGUUAUUUUGAGUGAUGCAUCUCGUUAUGAAAGAAUAAAUGAUGGUGUAUCAGAUUCCACUUCACUUAUGAUAGCAUUGAAUGUCGAAUCUCUAGCUGCAAAUGAAGAAUGUUUUGUACUUGUUGAGUGUAUUUAUCGUGAAACAUUCAAGAUGAUUGGCGAAAGCGAUUCUGUAAAAAAUAAUGAGGAGGAAUAUAUUCAAGCAAUAAUGCGUCCAUCAUUUAUGAGUGGAAAUGUAUUUACACCAUGUAAUUUAGAUACCAUGCUUUGUCAAAAUCAUGAGGCUGAUGAUAAAAAUUUAUCGCCCAAAAUCGAUAUACAAUAUAGUGAACGUAGAAUUAGUUCAGGUCACAUGUUUUUAGUUGAUAUUCCUCCAUCAUUUAUUGGUAAAACCUAUCAUGAACUAUAUUAUUAUUUAAUUCGCGUUCAUAAAGCAAUUCCACUAGGGCUUUACCGACAUACGAUACAUAAGGAAAGCGGGUUAAACUAUAUUUAUGUGAAUCCAAUACGUGAUUGUGUUAUAAAGGAAAGUGAUAAAGUAUAUAUAAUAGCCGCCAAAACCCCAACUUUUAAUUCUGAAGAUAUUCUUGAAGAGUAA